GCCGCAACUUAGCAAUUAUGACGCAAGGAAAGUUUUGGUUCGAAUUCCAAUUAACAUGCCAAACCACCUCAAAAACUAAUGGUGCGGUGACAGAGGGUAUACCGUCCUAAGGCAGCAGCAUGUCCUCGCCUACCUUCACAGAUGUCUUUCAAUGCGAAGAUGAUACUUCACAGCAAUCUCCAGAUUCUAAACGUCACUCCACCGAUGAUGGACUGAAUGACAGUUUGGAUGGGAGCUCUGCAGACUUGACUGACGUGUUUGAGGAGGACUGCUUGGAAGGGGAUGCUUGGUCUACACCGACUGCUGAACUGAGCCAGAAAAUAACUGCUCAGCUGGAAUUUUACCUGUCAAAUGAGAACCUUGCUGAGGAUGCAUUUUUGUUAAAACAUGUGCAGAGGAACAAGUUGGGCUAUGUCAGCCUCAAGUUGCUGACAUCUUUCAAAAAGAUCCGGGAGUUGACGCGUGACUGGCGCACCACAUUGGCUGCUGCCCGUGCCUCUGAGAACCUAGAGGUCAACGAGGAGGCAACCAAAGUGCGCCGCAAGACCCCCGUGCCCGAAUGGCUCCUGUGCAUCCCCACCACCAAGCUGCUGCUGGCUUGGAACCUGCUGGGCACCUCCACCGAGGAGGAGGAGGAGGAGAACGCCUCCCCAAACCUGGAGCAACAGGACCUCAUGGAGAUAGCCAUGCGCCUCUUCAGCGCCCACGGCACCAUCUCCUCCCUCAGGAUUCUGCGGCCGGGCAAGGAGCUGCCCGUGGAGCUCAAGAGGUUCAGCAAGAAACACACCGAGCUGGGCCGCAAGCUGUGCGCCGUAGUUGAGUACGAAUACCUUGAGGGAGCUCGCCAGGCCUACAAGACCCUGCAGACCGAAGAGCAGCAGGGCAAGAAGGGCGUGAGGGUGGUGCUCCUGGGCAGCCGUGGCACGCGCAAGCCCAGCGCCUCCACCUCCUCCAUCCAGGAUGGUGCAGAGGAGUCCUCUGAGGAGUGCGUGAAGCACCCCUGUGGCAAGAAGCCCAACCGCAAGGCCAAGCGCCACCCUUACACCCUGGAGGACUCUGUGCUUUACAGCUCCUCCGAGUCCGACUUUGCCCCGCCAUCUCCCCGUCCAAACCGGAGGGUCACCCGCCCGCAGGCCCUCUAUGGCAGCCCACUAGCCAUCCCCCGCCUGGCCUCCUGCCGCAACGACCCCUACAGGGAGCCCCUGUGCAGCCCCGUCGGAAGCCCGCUGGCGCCGCGCAAGCUGUUCUCCAGCAGCCAUGGCACUUCGCCGCUGGCAACGCCUCAGUUUGUGAGCACUCCCAACUCAAACAGCUCCUCCUUCAGCAGGAGCAAAUGCUCCGGGGAUUUCUCCCAGGAUAGUGCCGCUUUCGUGGGAAGCCCGUGGGUCCAGCGCAGAAAAACGGCCGCUCAGUCUCUCGGCGUGGAUAAGACUUGCUCUGUGUCACCUGGCCAGCUGAAGAAGGUCAUCAAUGCUGUGGAGGUGGUGCGUCAGCCAGUUGGCCCCGAUGGCAGCAAGGGCUUCUACAACUGCAUUGGGAGAGGAAAGAUCCUUCUGCGAUAGGCAUUGCUUUCUGUGCAACAUGCAAUUCUUGCCAAGGGGAGGGGGGAAAUAAAUCACCAAGCACUUUUUUUAUUUACCAUAAAAAUCAAGUAUGAAAUUCAUAUGGGUGUUAUGUCAAUCACUGUGGGUGGGAGAAAAGUUUUCUAUUCUAUGAAUUAAUAAAUAAAAAAAAAUCCUAACUUUAA